GCAAUAUUGUAACUCAUGGGCCGCGGCAGUCCAUCCGGGGCCAAGGUCAUCCGCCACACGGAUCGCCAGCUGGUCGGCCGGCUCCAAGAGCUCGUCAACACUGUGCACAAUGCAGGCAACGGCGGCGUCGUCACAGUCGAUCUCGCCAUGGACACUCUCUGCCGCAAGUACCGCGAAUACACGCGCCGCAACAAGGGCGCAAUGCGACUCGCCGUCGCUGAUCUCCUGCGCCACAUGGUCCCGACCUCGCGCAGUGCCGCCGCCAGUCCCGCCGCCGCCGCUGCUGCUGCUUCUGGUGGUGCUGGUGCUAAUGCAAGCACUGCUGGUGCAUCUGGCAGUGCGUCCAAGCUCGGGCGGUCGGGCAUCGACGCGAUCGAAGAGGCGCACGUGCGACGACAGCGCGCAGCUGCUCGCGACGGCGAGGAAGACGGGGACGACGAUUCGGACGACUCGGAUACAUCAGAGAACAGCGACGAGUAUAGCGGGGAAGAGAGCGGCGGCGGCGGCGGCGGCGAGGACGGCGUCGCAGCAGAGAUGGCCACCAGCAACGCCAACGAUGAAGACGACAAGAUUGCCAUGGACUGGGACGAGUCCGUCACUGACACUGCCACUGCAAGCAAUAAUCGACGAGCACAACCAGGCGCGCGAGACAAUGCGAACGAUGGUGAUGGUGGUGGCGAAGUACCGCACUCGUCGGAUAGUGAACAAGACGAGGAAGACCUCGCCACAGAAGAGUUCAAUGCUGCUGCUGCCUCCGCCACUGACAUGGUUGUUGUCAAGGACUCAAACUCGAUGAAUGCCGCAUUGCUGAAAACAUACGUCAAGACCACCAGUUCGGCAUCCACCUCGGCAGCUCCGUCUCCAGCCAUCACGCGCGUUUCGUCCGUCUCGUCGUCGUUGGUCGAUCUCGCCUCUGGGCCCCGUGUCGCUCCCAUGAAACGACCGGCCGACGACGCAAACACGGCAUCACCUUCUGGCGCCCAGCAAGCAAACAAGCGCAUUCGCAUGGGCUCGCAACCGCAACAGUCUUCACCUGCUGCUGGUGGUGGUGGUGGCCGGCUGCCUGCGCAGCGCGUUGCCGCCAUGACCGCAGCUGGAAACCGCGCCCGUGGUAGCGCCAACUCUGCAUCUCCAGCAGGCGGAGCUGGCCGAGGCAUGGCACCCAGCAGCGAUCGCGGCUCGAGCAUGGUCGACACUCCCAGCGUCACCUAUGCCGACCUCGGUGGCCUGGAGAGCUGCUUGCAAGAUGUGCGUGAACUCAUCGAAUACCCUCUCACACACCCUGAAAUUUACGUGCACCUCGGCGUUGAACCACCGCGCGGCAUUCUCUUGCACGGACCGCCCGGCUGUGGCAAGACACUCCUCGCGAAUGCCAUCGCUGGCGAGCUAGAGCUCCCAUUCCUCAAAGUCUCUGCGCCCGAGAUUGUUUCGGGCAUGUCUGGCGAGUCUGAGGCCAAGAUUCGCGAUCUGUUUGCAGAGGCUGCCGCACAGGCACCGUGCAUUGUAUUUAUUGACGAAAUUGAUGCCAUCACACCAAAACGCGAGACCGCUCAACGUGAAAUGGAGCGGCGCAUCGUUGCUCAGCUGCUGACCUGCAUGGACGACGUCUGCAUGGAGAAAACUGGCAAUCGCCCGGUCAUUGUGAUUGGCGCCAGCAACCGGCCCGACUCGCUGGAUCCUGCGUUGCGAAGAGCAGGUCGCUUUGAUCGCGAGAUUGCCAUCGGUAUCCCUGACGACGCCGCGCGACUUCGGAUCUUGCAAGUGCUGUGCGCCAAGUUGAAGGUGUCUGGCGAUCUUGAUUUUACCGAACUCGCACGUCGCACCCCAGGCUACGUCGGUGCCGAUCUGGCUGCGCUGGCCAAGGAAGCCGCCGUCAUUGCAGUGAAUCGGAUCUUUUCAGUCCUGCACGGUGAUUCUAGCGACGCCCCUGUAGCUGAAAAAUCGAUGGUGGUCGAAGUGCCGUCCGAAAACAGCGUCUCUGCCCCUGACUCUGCUUCAUCUGCCACACCGGCAACGCCCAUGACUACAAACUCCGCGGCUUCUGCCAACGCGCCUCAUUUGAUUUCAUUAGCGGCAUCGGUUGGGGAUCACGAGACGCAUGGAAAGUUGGAACUCGCGCGCGCCCGCUCGCGCAUCAGCGACCGUCUCCGCGAACAACGCACCCCCUUGACACCAGAGCAGCUCGCCCAUCUUAGCAUCAGCUUCCCCGAUUUCGUGGAGGCUCUGACCAAGGUCCAGCCGUCCUCCAAGCGUGAAGGCUUUGCCACCAUCCCCGACGUUGCCUGGUCGGAUGUUGGCUCGUUGAAGGACGUUCGUGAAGAACUGGAAAUGACCAUUCUAAAGCCAAUCCGGCAACCGCACCUCUUUGCGGCAUACGGUCUCAAAUCCCCGGCAGGAGUGCUGUUGUACGGUCCUCCCGGUUGCGGCAAAACGCUGCUGGCCAAGGCCAUUGCUCACGAGAGCGGCGCCUCAUUCAUCUCGAUCAAGGGUCCUGAGCUGCUCAACAAGUACGUGGGCGAGAGCGAGCGUGCAGUGCGGCAAGUCUUCCAACGCGCACGCUCGUCCGCGCCUUGCGUUGUGUUUUUCGACGAACUGGACUCGGUGUGCCCACGCCGUGGUGGUGGUGUUGAUGGUAUGAGUGGCGGCGGCGGCGGCGGCGGCGGCGGCGAGUCUGGGGCCAGCGAGCGUGUGGUCAACCAGCUCUUGACCGAGAUGGAUGGCCUCGACGAUCGCCGAAAGGUGUUUGUGAUUGCGGCCACCAACCGUCCCGACAUGAUUGAUGCGGCCAUGUUGCGCCCAGGUCGCCUCGACAAGCUCAUGUACGUCCCGCUGCCCACCGCUGAUUCUCGCGGUGAGAUUCUGCGCACCGCGCUGCGCUCGAUGCCAAUGCAUCCGGACGUGGACGUUUCCCAGCUGGGCUUGGAUGCUCGGUGUGAAGGCUUUAGCGGUGCCGAUUUGGCAGCGCUUGCCCGGGAGGCUGCUGUGGCUGCACUUCGUGAGACGAUGACCAACGUGGAGAACGCCAUCAGCUUGACCGACGCGGCCAUUGCUGCCAACUCGGCAACCGCCCUUGCGCUGCCACCAAGCGAUGAUAGUGCUCCAGCUGCCACGCAUGUGGAGCGUGUGGCGAUUGCUCGCCGACACUUUGACGAGGCGUUCAAGCGUGUGCGACCGUCCGUUUCGGAACGCGACGCGCGCGCCUAUGCCAAAAUGCAAGGCCGAUUGCGCAAUGCACGAGCUCACCUUGCUCCUCAAGUGGAUGAAAAACCGGCGGCCACAGCUGCUCCUAGCGACGAUGCGCCGACUGCUGCUGCUCCCAUGGAUGCUCAAUAAGCGGGGGAGAGGGGUUGUGCGCCCAUGAAAAAUUGUUGAUCAAUAACCAAAGAAGAAGAAAAAAAAAAAAAGACAGCUCUCGUUCGAAAUUUCACCCAAUAA